AUGGUUGACAGGUUGUCCGUGUUGAAAGCCAUGGACAUUGACAUUGCCGCCGUGCUUGACAUGGACAUGGACGUUGCUGUCGUCGCCGCCAUUGCCAUUGCGUCGGAUGUUCUCGACAUGAUGGAUGCCGUUAUUGUCCGACAAAGACAGACUAACUUCAACAUGGACAUGGGCAUGGGCAGCACGGCCUCAUCAGGGCCGCUGACUGCUGCCGGCGUCGACUUCUCAAAUGAGACCCAGGCCGUCGACUUUCUGCAGGAGAUUCUCGACGACUCUGUCCUCGGCGUCGUGGGAAACCAGUACGCACGGUAUUUCUGGUAUGGCAUUGUCGUUGUCAUCGGCAUUGCCACGAUUUCCAACUUGGUGGAAAAGGUGAUUCUGCAAACGAGGUGGGAUUUCCUUUCCUUUCCCCGGCUGGUGGCGAGUCUGACUGACGCCGGCCAUGUAUCGAUAUAUCACAGAAUCAGAGCAAGCUCUGCAAAUAGAGCACGACCUGCACAACCAACCAACGCGUUGACUCAAUCUGUGGCAACCGCGACUGCCAUUCUUCGCGAACUGUCCUACCUGCAAAUCACUCCCGUAAGGGCGUCCUCAUGGGUGAAAGUUCCACCCUUUGGCUCUCUCUUCGUCUGCGCCGCAUACUUUGCUUUUCUAAUUGCUCUCGUAUUCACCAAUGACGACGUUCCGGGAGCUCAGCACUACCAAGCCCUGGGCAUCCGCGCUGGCUGGCUCGGCGCAGCACAGAUGCCUUUGUUGGUCCUACUUUCGAGUCGGACGAACCUGAUUGGCCUACUAUGCAACUUGUCGUACGAACGGUUGAACGUCUACCAUCGAUGGGUUUCUCGGGGGUUGCUCCUCCUAGCAACUUUUCACUUUGCCUUCCAGGGCCAUGCAUGGGACAUUUACGGGUUGAUGGCGCUCGAGUGGAACACUGACGAAUGCCCGCCAACAGGCAUGGCCGCAUAUGCUAUAUUGCUCUGGAUGAAUCUGACCACCGUGGCUCCGUUACGAUACCUCUCGUACAAAUUCUUUGUUGUCCAGCAUGUGCUUACCUAUUUCGGAUUCACCAUUGCUCUCGCGUAUCAUCUUUAUGGAACUUCGUCGCCUUAUUCGACGAAUUAUAUCUAUAUUAGCGUUGCGUUGUAUCUUGUUGGCCAGCUUGUCCGGAUUGCGUGGGGUGCGGUUAAUAAUUUCUCGCCGAGCAAAUGCACCUUGACAGCGCUUGAUGGCGGCGCUACCAAAAUUCGCGUGUCAAAUAGACAUAUCAAAAAUUGGAACCCCGGCUCGUAUGCGCGAGUGUAUAUCCCCCGCUUUGACAUGGUGUGGGCGCAUCCGGCAACCUUGCUAUCAACACCAACUUCUCAUGACGGCGAUCUCGUUUUUCUCUUUCGGUCGUACAGGGGGUUUACCCGGAAGAUCCACGCUGCUGCCGCUGCCGAAAGCCAAAAGUCACAUCGAACCCUGAUCGGUGGACCGUGUCCCAGCUCACAACUAGAUUUGGGCUGCUUUGACACACUAGUCCUGAUUGCCGGCUCAACGGGUGUGACAUUCACACUGUCAAAUCUAUUAGAUCUCGCACACCGAGCACAACAACGGAAGCCACUACCUCUUCGAGUGCUCCACUUCACCUGGGUGAUCAAAAAGAAGAGCUGGAUAUCCUGGGUUGCCGAAGAGCUUCAAUCCGCGUUUGAAGCGCUAGCAGAAGCGGGCAUUGAGACUCAUUUUAAUAUCUAUAUCACUUGCGAUGAUUCCAUAGCCGGGGACUCCAUUUCCUCCAGCUCAAAAGUAGGAUGCCAGUGCAAUGAUGGAUGUAAAUGCUGUCAGCAAUCACCAAACGACCCAGCGAUUGAAAUCACAGAGAAAAAGGUUUCGACGUCGAAGAAUGAGCUCGGCAUUGCACCGUACGCAGCCAUACUUACGGGCCGUCCUACAUUUCACCACUUUCUAGCGGGAGCGAUAUGCCAGGCACAGGGUGAGACCGCCGUUGCGGUCUGUGGACCUCUGGGACUGUCAGUGUCGGUCCGAUCGGCCGUGGUUUGGGCUAGUGACGAGCUAGCUGUGAACCAAAACGAGCUGGAGCUGCGAGACUUGCCUGCCGUUCUUGACGUACACGACGAAUCAGCUUCCUCUGCGAGCGACGCCGACGAACAAGAAGAAAACGCUGGGCUGCUUGAAGGAAACUCUGGAUCGCGCCCGAAAAAACCGAUGAAGCGCCGGACUCGCGAUAAAACACCUAAACGGGGCCCUCCUUCACGCCUGACGAUAGAAACGGGCCAGAACGGCCACUCCGACGGCGAUAUGAACUCGCGUCUUGAAAUGCGGAGGAAAGACCCAUCAAUUGAGGCUCCCUCUUCCGCACAGCAUGCCACCAGGGUCAUGGGCCGCGAGAGCUUCACACUGGACGAUGACCCUCCCGCCGUACCCAGCACGCCGAUGUUGCAAAACACAAGUUUCUUUGCCCUGCCGGAACAAGACCGAAAGAAUUUCCUCUUGCUCGUGUUGUUGUACUUCCUGCAGGGUAUACCCAUGGGCUUGGCCAUGGGUUCUGUGCCAUUCCUUUUGAAACCGUACCUGUCUUACGGCCAAAUCGGCGUGUUCUCCUUGGCGUCAUAUCCGUAUUCCUUAAAGUUGCUAUGGAGCCCCAUCGUGGAUGCAGUUUGGAGCAGACGCUUUGGUCGUCGGAAGAGUUGGAUUACGCCUGUCCAAUUAUGUUCCGGUCUCGCCAUGAUUUAUUUGUCUUCCCAGGUCGAGUCAAUGAUGAAGACUGCCGGUGACAGCGACUCUACCGUGUGGGCCUUUACCCGAUGGUGGUUCUUUCUCGUCUUUCUAUGCGCAACCCAGGAUAUUGCUGUUGAUGGCUGGGCUCUUACACUCCUUUCACCCCAAAACAUUUCCUAUGCCUCUACGGCCCAGACAGUGGGCCUCACCGCCGGACAUUUCCUUUCGUACACUGUUUUCCUUGCUCUCAACUCCCCAGAGUUCGCCAAUCGGUGGUUCCGCACCGAAGCCACGGUCGACCCGGCCCGUGGUCUUAUUUCGCUCGGAGGUUAUAUCGCUUUCGCCGGAUGGGCGUACAUUAUCGUCACUAUUGGACUGUUCCUUUUCAAGAAAGAGGAGCGCACCAAGGACAAAGACGGCAUCAUGGAGGUAUACCGCAGCAUGUGGAGUGUGCUUAAAUUGCGGAACAUUCAGAUGAUCAUUGUGCUUCAUCUGAUUGCUAAAAUCGGAUUUCAAGCCAAUGAUGCCGUGACUAGUUUGAAGCUCAUUGACAAGGGCUUCGGACAGGAUAACAUGGCAUUGGUCGUGUUGAUUGAUUUUCCAUUUGAGAUUGCUCUAGGUUACUAUGCUGGUCAAUGGUCGACCGAAUACACGCCAAUGCGACUGUGGUCUUGGGCUUUUGUCGGUCGGCUUGCAGCAGCACUAUUUGCCCAAUUCACCGUCAUGAUAUAUCCUGCCGGAGCCGACGUGCCAACUUGGUACAUCUUAAUUACCAUUGCAGAGCAUGUCUUGUCCACUUUUAUGAAUACGGUCAUGUUCGUGGCGAUUUCUGCAUUCCAUGCUCGUAUUUCUGAUCCAGCCAUUGGCGGAACUUAUAUGACGUUGCUGGCUACGGUGUCUAAUCUUGGAGGAACAUUCCCCAAAUUCUUCAUUCUCAAGAUGGUGGACAUGUUCACAUCAGCGACCUGUAUACCGCCCACCACGCCUCCAGAUGCUUCCCAAUUGACCGGCGACCUGGUCACGUCUGCGUUUUCCUGCGCGCUCGAGGCAGAUAAGGGUCGCUGCCAGGCCGGAGGUGGCCAAUGCGUAGUCGAGCACGACGGCUAUUACAUUACCAACUUGCUUUGCGUGCUUAUUGGCGCUGUCACAUUCUACGUGUAUAUACGGCCGACGGCGCUCAAAUUGCAGGCCUUGCCUCUUCGCGCUUGGAGAGUGACAACUGGUUAUGGCAAUUCAGACGUGGAUUUUUCCAUGCUAGCACAGUCUUGUGCCGAUCUGGAAACUGCAUUUCUCGAGGCUGGCGACAAGGAAUAG